UUCCUAUAACUACCUCUCCUUCUCUAUAUAUAUAUAUAUAUAUAUAUAAAUAUAUAUCUCUUUCUCACUCCUUAAAAUCAGAGAAAAUUAAAGAGAGAGAAGGACACACACAAACACAGCAAUAUGAGAGCUUCUCAAGUACAACUUGUCGUCGCCGUCGUGGCGCUGCUGCACACGGCGGCGUUGAUGCAUGGUUUUCCAUCUUCAAGUAGGAUGACACUGAAGAGAGCUUUUCCGACGAAUCAUCGAGUUGAACUGAGUCAACUCAGAGCUCGUGACGCGCUCAGGCAUAACAGCGUGAUUAGCUUCCCUGUUGGAGGAACCUUCAAUCCAAGUCUCGUCGGGCUUUAUUAUGCGGAAAUAAAAUUGGGUUCUCCUCCAGAAAAAUUCCACGUGCAAAUUGACACUGGAAGUGAUGUUUUGUGGGUUAAUUGUAGACCCUGUAUUGGUUGCCCAAUAUUUACUGACCUCCAAACGAUUGAGCUGAAUUCUUAUGAUCCAGUGAGCUCGAAUACAUCUUCAUUGAUUUCAUGUAAAGACCAAAUAUGCAAAGAUGGAGUUCGAUUAGAAGAGUCUCUUUGUUCUUUCCAAACUAAUCGAUGCAUUUACUCGUUCUUGUAUGGAGAUGGAAGCACAACCACAGGAUUUUAUGUUUCAGAUUUGUUGUCGUUUGAAACAAUUGGUGGUCGUUUUGAUAUCGAUUCUCGAAAAACUAACUCUUCUGCCUCCAUUGUCUUCGGGUGUAGCAACAUAGCAACUGGAGAAUUGAGCAGAGCGGACAGUGCAACAGAUGGGAUUUUUGGGUUGGGUCAGCAUAAAAUGUCAGUGAUUUCCCAACUAUCCUCACAAGGAGUAGCACCAAAGGUUUUUUCUCACUGUUUAAAAGGAGAUGAUAAUGGUGGUGGUAUAUUAGUUUUUGGUGAUAUUGUAGAGCCAAACAUGGUUUAUACUCCACUUGUCCCAUCUCAGCUUCAUUAUAACAUAAAUCUGCUCAACAUAUAUGUUAAUGGCCAAGUAGUAUUGCCCAUUGAUUCAAGAGAGUUUACAUUAUCAACCAGUAAUGGAACCAUAGUUGAUUCUGGAACAACUCUGGCUUAUCUUCCAAAAAAUGUUUAUGACUCUUUUGUCAAAGCUGUUGAUGAAGCUGCUUCAAAAAAUGCAAGAUUAGUUCCUUUGCAGGGAUUUCAAUGUUAUUCUGUUGAUUCCAGCAUCAUAAAUAGUACAUUUCCACAAGUGAGUUUCAACUUUUCUGGUGGUGCAUCUAUGGUUCUAAAACCUAAGGACUAUCUAUUAGAGCAAAAUUCCACUGAUGGUACUAAAUUAUGGUGCAUUGGAUUUUUGAAGAAUCAGAAUGAAGAUACAACAGUACUAGGAGACCUUGUUCUUAAAGACAAAAUUGUGGUCUAUGAUUUGGCUAAUCAAAGAAUUGGAUGGACUGAUUAUGAUUGUUCAAUGCCGGUUGAUGUUUCAACUAAUACUAGUAGUGAAACAGAAUUAGUCAAAGUAGGAGCCCCAAUCAGCAGUACAUUUCAGAAAGAGCCUUCCAAGAUUAUGAUACUAAUAAGCAUAGUUACUUUACUUGUAUACAUAGCAACACUUGUAGAUCUAUAGUUUUCUAUGUUCUAUAAAGCAAAAAAAAUAAUGCUAGAGGACAUUCAUUUUGGCACUUUUUUUUUAAUUUUAAAAAAUUAGAGAAUUGUCAUA